GGAUACAUAGACUUAGUUGAAAUGAUUCUUCACCUUGGAGCUGAUUCUGACGCGAGAGAUCAAUUAGGACGUACAGCUCUCAUAUGGGCAGCAGGAUCUGGAUGGAGGGAUACAGUAGAAGUGCUACUUGACAUUGGCAAAGCUGAUGUUAAUGCAGGUGAUUAUAGGGGGUGUACAGCUCUUAUGUAUGCAGCAGAAUUUGGAAGGAGGGAUACAGUAGAAGUGCUGCUUGACACUGGCAUCGCUAACAUCAAUCAUGGAGAUAACCAGGAAAGAACAGUUUUGAUAGAUGCGGUGACAGGCGAGGACGAGGAAAUAGUCAAGUUGCUGCUUAGUACUGGGAAGGUUGAAAUCUAUGUGGAGGGCCAGUGUUGGACAGCGUUAGAGCAGGCGAAAUGUUAUGGUCUGACGACCAUAGCCAACUUGUUAGAGUCAUAUAGUGCGUCUUCCCAGUAA